CGAAGGCGGACGACGCAAACCCCCGAGCGGAGGCGAAAAGGAGCGAUUUUUUAGGGCGGAAUUCGAAGCGACAAGGAGCCUUUUUUAUCCCCCUUUUACUCUGUUGAAUCCCCCUUUUCCCUCUCUCUUUCUACGCGGGGAGGAGAGGAGAGGGUGGGGGAGUCGUCGGAUUCUUUGCUGCGCCGCUUAAUUCGAGGUUGAUAUGAGGUUUUGAAUCGGAUUUGGGCGAUUUUGGUCUGGUUUUUGGUCUAAUUUUGGAGGAUUUGUGGGGUUUCAUUGUUUGAUUUGCUUGGGAUUGGAUUGUGAUCUGGGAACAUGUCUACAUUUUGACGUGAUUGGGUUUCGCAAUAAAUGGCAACUCAAGUCCAUAUCACAGUAGGGUCUCAGGUCUGGGUCGAGGAUCCCGACGUAGCUUGGAUAGAUGGGGAGGUCAUCGAGGUCAAUGGCGAUGAGAUUGAGAUCAAAUGUACUUCUGGAAAGUCGGUUGUGGCAAAAGUGUCCAACGUCUAUCCCAAGGAUGCAGAAGCAUCACCAUGUGGUGUCGAUGACAUGACAAGGCUAGCAUAUCUGCAUGAGCCAGGAGUUCUGCAGAACUUAAGAUCAAGAUAUGACAUGAAUGAAAUUUAUACUUAUGUGGGAAGUAUACUAAUUGCCGUGAACCCCUUUCGGAGGCUUCCUCAUCUUUAUGACAAACACAUGAUGGAACAAUAUAAGGGUGCCGCUCUUGGUGAUCUGAAUCCCCAUCCUUUUGCUGUUGCUGAUGCUGCAUAUAGACUUAUGAUGCGUGAUAGGGUAAGUCAGGCAAUCCUGGUAAGUGGAGAAAGUGGUGCUGGCAAGACAGAAAGCACCAAAAUGCUUAUGCGUUAUCUUGCUUAUAUGGGAGGAAGAGCAGAAACUGAAGGCCGAACUGUGGAACAGCAAGUUCUUGAGUCGAAUCCUGUUCUUGAAGCAUUUGGUAAUGCCAAGACUGUCCGAAAUAAUAAUUCAAGCCGUUUUGGAAAAUUUGUUGAGAUUCAGUUUGAUGAGAGUGGGAGGAUUUCGGGAGCAGCCAUAAGGACAUAUCUUCUUGAAAGGUCUCGUGUCUGUCAAAUAUCCGAUCCAGAGAGAAAUUACCACUGCUUUUACAUGCUGUGUGCUGCACCACCUGAGGACAUUGAAAGAUUUAAAAUGGAAGAUCCUAGAAUGUUUCACUAUCUUAACCAGUCUAACUGCUUCGAGCUUGACGAUGUGGAUGACUCGAAGGAAUAUUUGGAUACUAGAAGGGCCAUGGACAUUGUGGGAAUUAGUCCCGAUGAACAAGAUGCAAUAUUCCGUGUUGUGGCUGCUAUUCUUCAUUUGGGCAAUGUUGAAUUUUCGGAAGGAGAGGAAACAGAUUCAUCUGUAUUAAAAGAUGAGAAAUCACAAUUCCAUCUCAAAACGGCUGCUGAGCUUUUCAUGUGUGAUGAGAAAGCUCUUGAGGACUCAUUGUGCAAACGUGUUAUUGUGACACGUGGGGAGAGCAUUGUAAAGAAUCUAAAUCCAGAAGCCGCAGUUCUUAGUAGAGAUGCGUUAGCCAAAAUUGUUUACUCGCGUUUGUUUGAUUGGCUUGUGAAUAAGAUAAACUGUUCAAUUGGUCAAGAUCCCCACUCAAAGUUUCUAAUUGGGGUACUGGAUAUUUAUGGCUUCGAAAGUUUCAAGACAAACAGCUUUGAGCAGUUUUGUAUCAAUUUGACUAAUGAAAAGCUGCAGCAGCAUUUUAAUCAGCAUGUUUUUAAGAUGGAGCAGGAAGAAUAUACAAAAGAAGAAAUUGAUUGGAGUUACAUCGAGUUCAUUGACAACCAAGAUAUUCUUGAUCUUAUUGAGAAGAAACCAGGGGGAAUCAUUGCUCUUCUGGACGAGACUUGUAUGCUACCAAGAUCAACUCAUGAAACAUUUGCCCAGAAGUUAUAUCAAACAUUUAAAGAUCAUCCACGCUUUAGCAAGCCUAAAUUUUCACAGUCUGGCUUCACCAUCCAUCAUUAUGCUGGUGAUGUCACAUACCAAACAGAACUUUUCUUGGAUAAGAACAAAGAUUAUGUUGUCAAUGAGCAUCAAGCCCUAUUGAAUGCUUCGGAAUGCCACUUUGUUUCAAGUCUAUUUCCACUUCUCUCUGAAGACUCAUCUAAAUCUUCAAAAUUUUCAUCAAUUGGCUUAAGGUUCAAGCAACAAUUGCAAACUUUGUUAGAGACUUUAAGUGCCACGGAACCACACUACGUACGUUGUGUUAAGCCUAACAACCUUCUUAAGCCAGCAAUUUUUGAGAAUAGUAACGUCAUCCAGCAACUGCGAUGUGGAGGAGUGCUGGAGGCGAUCAGGAUUAGCUGUGCGGGAUAUCCAACAAGGCGCACAUUCGAUGAAUUCGUGGAUCGUUUUGGUGUCCUGGCACCUGAAAUUAUCAAAGAAAGUUCUGAUGAAGUCAUUACUUCAAAGCGGAUUCUUGAGAAGGUUGAUCUUAGAGGUUAUCAAGUAGGGAAGACAAAGGUGUUUCUCCGGGCUGGUCAGAUGGCUGAAUUAGAUGCUCGUAGAAACGAAGUGUUAGGACAAUCUGCCAGCAAAAUUCAGAGAAAAGUUCGCUCAUAUCGUGCUCGCAAGCAUUAUAUUUUGCUCCAGAAAUCAGCUAUCCAGAUUCAGGCCAUAUGCAGGGGACAACUUGCUCGGAAGUGUCACGAGAACAUGCGAAGAGAGUUUGCUUCAUUGAGGAUCCAAACCUACUUCCGCAUGUACCAUGCAAAGAAACAAUACAGAGACCUAUUGUCGGCAUCAAUCAUGAUACAAGCUGGAUUACGUGGUCUGGCUGCUCGCAAAGAGCUUCACUUUAGGCAGCAAACAAAAGCUGCAGUUAUUAUACAGAGUCAUUGCCGUCGUUACUUGGCACGUUCAGAAUAUUUAAGGUUAAAGAAGGCAGCAAUUGCCACUCAAUGUGCUUGGAGAGGAAGAGUGGCUAGAAGAGAGCUUCGAAAACUUAAAAUGGCUGCAAGGGAAACUGGCGCUCUACAAGCUGCCAAAAAUAAAUUAGAGAAGCAAGUUGAGGAGCUUACAUGGAGGCUACAGUUGGAGAAACGCAUGAGAGUUGAUAUGGAAGAAGCCAAAACACAAGAAAAUGAGAAGCUGCAAUUAGCCCUGCGGGAGAUCGAACUGCAGUUCAAGGAAGCUAAAGAUUUGCUGAUGGUAAAGGAGCAGGAAGCUGCUGAAUUUGUUGCCGAGAGAAUUUCUUCCAUAAAAGAGAUCCCUGUUAUUGAUACAACUCUUCUGGAUAAGCUUACAGCUGAAAACGUGAAACUUAAGGAACUGGUGACUACUCUUGAGACGAAGAUUAAUGAAACUGAGAAAGAGUAUGAAGAAACAAGCAGACUUAGUGAGGAAAGGCUGAAAAAAGCUAUGGAGGCAGAGUCGAAGAUAAUUGAAUUGAAUAAUUCAAUGCAAAGACUUCAAGACAAACUGGCUAACAUGGAAUCAGAAAAUCAGAUUCUCCGGCAGCAAGCUCUAUUGCAGUUGCCAGUGAAACAAACUUCUGGACGUUUACCAACACCUUCAACUCCUCCAAAACAUAAUUUGGCCAAUGACCAGCAUCAUAGAGAAGAUCAUAAGGAACCUCAUAGUGCGCCUCCAGCUGUUAAUAAUUAUGCCAACUCUGAUCCGAAGAUGAGAAUAUCGUAUAUUGAGAGACAACACGAGAACGUAAACACCCUUAUAAAUUUUGUUGUGCAAAAUAGUGGACUUACUCAGGGAAAGCCGGUGGCUGGAUUAACCAUAUACAAAUGUCUGCUUCACUGGAAGUUGUUUGAGGCAGAAAAAACUAGUGUUUUUGAUCGACUUAUCCAGAUGAUUGGUUCCGCAAUUGAGAACCUGGAGAGCAAUGAACAUCUGGCUUACUGGUUAUCAAAUGCAUCUGCUUUACUGUUUCUGCUUCAAAAGAGUCUAAAAGCCGCUGGUUCUGCUGGGUCGACCCCACGUCGGAAACCUCCCCCUCCAACAUCGUUGUUUGGGAGGAUGACGCAAGGAUUUCGCUCAUCUUCUGCAAACCUUGUGGUUGAUGAACUGGAUAUUGUACAGCAUGUCGAGGCCAAAUACCCAGCUUUGCUGUUUAAGCAGCAACUCUCAGCUUAUGUUGAGAAGAUAUAUGGAAUUAUUCGUGAUAAUGUGAAGAAGGAUUUGACUGCCAUACUUUCUCUUUGUAUCCAAGCACCAAGAACGGCAAAAGCAAGUAUGGUUAGGGGGCGCUCCUUUGGGAAUUCAAGUCAAGGAAGCCAGUGGAAUACCAUCAUCGAACACCUCGAUAACCUUCUGAUGAUAUUGCAAGAGAAUUAUGUUCCCAAAGUUCUUAUUCAGAAGAUGUUUAGCCAGAUUUUCGCAUUCAUCAAUGUUCAACUUGUCAAUAGCCUUCUAUUACGCCGUGAGUGUUGCUCUUUUAGCAACGGAGAGUAUGUAAAAUGUGGUUUGGAAGAACUGGAGGUGUGGUGCACACAAGCAAAACAAGAGUAUGCGGGGUCUUCAUGGGAUGAACUUAAACAGAUAAGGCAAGCUGUUGGUUUCUUGGUAAUAUUUCAGAAGUACAGAAUUUCUUACGAGGACCUACUGAGUGACCUCUGCCCGAUGUUGAGUGUCCAACAGCUCUACAGAAUUUGCACACAGUAUUGGGAUGACAAAUAUAAUACCCAAAGCGUCUCUUCAAGUGUCCUUGCAAGCAUGAGGACAUCAAUGACCGAGGAGUCGAAUGACGCUGAUAGCAGUUCAUUUUUGCUUGAUGAUGAUUUAAGCAUACCUUUCUCGAUCGAUGAGAUAUCGAGUUCUAUACAAGAGAAGGACUUUUCAGAUGUCGAUCGACCGAAAGAGCUUCUUGAGAACCCAGCCUUCCACUUUUUGCAAUGACUAGAGCUUUAAAAAACACAACCAUUUUCCUUCCAUUUUGCCUCCAAGUGGGACAAAUGAGAGCCCAUUUUACACCAGAGUUUUUCUCUUAUUCCUUUCUCAGAUUUACGGCUUUUACCUCCCUCAUAUUGCGGUUGUAUAUUAUUUUUUAAUUUUCUUUUUUUUCUUAUUUAGGUGUGGCAUUUUUAGGUUUUGAUUGAAUGGGCUGGGAUGCGUUUAUCUAACCUUACCCUCCCAUCAGUGGGCUUUUAUUUUCCCUUUUUUUUCCUUUCAUUUGUUACAGUGGUGCGAAAUUUUCCUACUUUGCAGUCACAAGCGUUAUUCUUUGUAGGCAAAAUGCUCCCAAAGAUUAUUUCAUUGUACAAAACACCGUGAUAGUGUAAAAAGCAACAACAAUAUAGAGAGUAUAGUUUGUUACAGUUGAUUCUUUGUAACACAGCAACCAUGUAAGGAGCUUUGAGUGUUUCAUUGAAGCUACUCUUUUUCUUUUUUACUUCUUUUUUCCUGGCGUGCGGAAACACUAAAUUGUUGUCUUCGUGAAUAAAUAACUUUUCUCUCU